AUGCUGCACGAGUGCAUCUUUUUCCUGGCCCAAUCCGAGACCAUCAGGUUCAGGACACUGCAAUGUUUCAUGCUGAACGGGGUCAUCUUCCUCGGCAGCAUCCUUCUCUUCAACUUCGCCAUAGAGCCAGCACUGGGUAUCCUGAGAAGACUUGUGCAGGAAGAAGAAGUGUGGGCUACCGAGUUCAUCGCCACAUCCUUCUCUUUUCUCUACAAGAUUCUGUGGAUCUAUCCCAUCUACUGCAUCUCUUUCGUGCUCAACACGGUCAUGUACCAGGAGAUAGCUGACAGCGCGCUUGCCUUCGCGCAGUGCACGCCCACCAAAGCCACGCCGCACCUAGAACGGCUGAUUCAAGAGACCUGGCGAGUAUUGGUGAAUCUGGUAUACUUGCUGGAGAUGUACCUGCUCUACUACAUCCCCUUCGUGGGCCCCGCGUUGUACUUCGUGCACUCCUGCUGGAUGGCCUCCAUCUACUGCUUCGAGUACAGGUGGGUCCAUCAGCGGUGGACAGCAAACGCGCGGGUGGACUACUUCGAGGUGGGCUCAGUGGAGUGCAGAAGAAAGUGA